AUGGCUUUUGUUUUGGAACAUCCUGCAUCAAACUUGAAGCACUUCUGCAAAAUUUGCAAGAAAGGUUUUGGAUGUGGAAGAGCACUUGGAGGUCACAUGAGGGCUCAUGGAAUAGGCGACGAGAACGGACACAUCGACGACGAAGACCCUGCCAGUGAUUGGGAUGAUAAGCUCGGCGGCAACGUUCCCCCUAGCAACAAGCGCAUGUACGCUUUGAGAACAAACCCAAAUCGGUUCAAGAGCUGCCGUGUUUGCGAGAAUUGCGGCAAAGAAUUCUUGUCAUGGAAAUCUUUUCUCGAACAUGGAAAAUGUAGCUCCGAAGACGCCGAGUCCCUCGUGUCAUCGCCUGGUUCAGAAGGCGAGAAUGAUGGCACAGGAUCAAGAAGAGGGUGCGGAGCCUGGUCUAAAAGAAAAAGAUCAUUUAGAGCGAAAGUGGAUAAUUUCAAUUCGAAUUGCCCUUCUAGCGAGGAGGAAGACCUCGCAAAUUGCUUGAUGAUGUUAUCAAAUGCAGGCGUCGACCCUAUGGUGGCCGAGCCCGAGGAGUCUUGUGCUUCCGCCAGUAAAGAAGAUCAGGAGCGACGAAACCCCAUGAAUUUUAUGGCUCCACUUUCGUUGAAGGUUCCUGUAAAUCAUCACAACAGCAAGAACAAGGGCGUGGCCAAAGGAUUGUUCGAGUGCAAGGCAUGCAAGAAAGUGUUCAACUCCCACCAAGCAUUAGGUGGUCACAGAGCCAGCCACAAAAAAGUUAAAGGCUGUUUCGCCGCCCGGAUUGACCCCCACCACCACCACCUCGAUGAUAGUCAAGCCGACGACGACGUGAUCACUCACGAAGAAUUCUUCCCGACACAAUCAAACUCAACCCUACAAUUCGAUCAACUUUCUAAUCCGCCAUUAAUGGCAUCCACAUCCAAGAGGAAAUCAAAGGUGCAUGAGUGCUCGAUAUGUCAUCGUAUUUUCUCGUCCGGGCAAGCGCUAGGUGGCCAUAAGAGGUGCCAUUGGAUUACAUCAAACGCACCCGAAACUUCUACGCUAGCUAAGUUUCAGCAGCUGCAAGAUCAGAUGGAUCAGCAGCAAAUAAUAAAUCCGAAGCCCAAGCUCGAUGAUGAUUCAGACUUGCUUGAUCUCAAGCUCGAUCUUAACCUUCCUGCACCAGUCGUACUUAAUGAUCAUCACGAUCUUAGAGGGUCGCGGAGGGACGUCCAAAUAAUUAAGCCCCCAGGCCGCCGGAUUGGACUUUCUACAGAUAUUUAUUUACAGCCUUGGAAAGGUGCAAAAGAUCAAAAGGAAGAUAAUCACCAGCACCAGCACCAACACCAACACCAAAACCUCCACCACCGUCGAAAUGCAGACAAUGACAAUGACAACAUUGAUAGCAACAAUAAUAAUAUCCAUGACAUGAUCAGUAAUGGUUCGAUACUACUGCCGAAUGUGGAUGAUGAGGCAGACAGUAAAGUGAAGUUAGCUAAGCUAAGUGAGUUGAAAGACAUGAACACGAGUGGGGGUUCCUCACCUUGGUUGCAGGUGGGGAUUGGUUCAACUACUGAUGUGGCAGCUGACCCAUAAGUUUUUGUGAAGCAAAGUCAUGACGAUCAUGCAUCCUCUCCAAGUAAUUAUUCCAUUUUCAUUUUUUUUUUUCUUCCUUUUCUAAUGUGUACGAAGAAACUGUAAGUAUAAACUCAAAAGACUCGUAAUUACACUGUUUUGUU